CUCGCAAGUGGACCUCGAUGGCCUCGUACAGCAACGUGCCCGGCUUUGCCCGCAACGCGCAGCACGUCAUGCCGGGUCUCCCGCGCCCCGGAAGCGGCUCGCAGCAUGUCAUGCCGGGCCUGCCAUCGUCGUCGGCCACGUCGGCGCCCGGCGCGAGCAUCGGAAGCGGUAGCACUGGCACCGGCGGCGGGAUGGCCAUGGCCGGCUUUCCCAACUACCUGGAAGAAAAAGAGAAAUGCCUCCACUUUCUGCGCAACUAUGUCGACUCGCUCUCUGGCGCGCGCAAGUACGAAGACAUGCUCCAAGAGGUCGCCGACCGCCAGCGCACAACCGUCACGAUCGCGCUCGACGACGUCCUCUCGUUUGAGAACGACGAGGACUUUGUGCGCAACGUCAUGCGCAACACGCGCCGGUACGUCUCGCUCUUCUCAGACGCAGUCGACGACAUCCUUCCGCCGCCGUCGCGCGACAUCUCGGAGGCCCACGACGUCCUCGACGUCCUCCGCCUCCACCGCGUGCAAGAGGCGGCGACCGAGAACGACGCGCCCGUCGACCUUGCGACCGUUUUUCCGCCGGCCCUCAUGCGCCGCUUUGAGCUGCAACUUGUGCCGGGCGUCAAGACCAAGCCGGUCCCGAUCCGCGAGGUGAAGGCGUCCAAGGUUGGCAGCCUCGUGCGCAUCAAGGGCAUGGUGACGCGAGUCUCGAACGUCAAGCCGCUCGUGAUCGUCGCGACGUACACGUGCGAAGUGUGCUCGUUUGAAGUCUACCAAGAGGUCAAGUCGCGCAACUUCAACCCGCUCGUCCAGUGCCCGAGCGAAAAGUGCAAAGUCAACAAGACCAACGGCCGACUCCUCAUGCAAACCAAGGCUUCCAAGUUUCAAAAGUUUCAAGAAGUCAAGUUUCAAGAACUGCCGGACCAAGUACCCAUGGGCCACAUUCCCCGGUCGCUCACCGUGUACCUCCGCGGCGAGCUCACCCGGUCGUGCGAACCCGGUGCGCUCAUUACCAUCUGCGGCAUCUUCCUUCCGCUGCCGUACAGCCCCCAGCGUCAAAUGCAAGUCGGCCUCAUCACCGAGACGUACCUCGAGGCCAUGCACGUCAUCAACCACAAGAAGCGGUACAGCGCCAUGGACGCGUCCGAAGACAUGGAGACCGAAGUCGAGCGCCUCCAAGAGUCGCCCGAGCUCUACUCGAUCCUCUCGCAGUCGAUCGCGCCCGAAAUCUACGGCCAUGAAGACGUCAAGAAAGCACUGCUGUUGCUCAUGAUUGGCGGCGUCACCAAGCGCAUGGACGAAGGCAUGAAGGUCCGCGGCGACAUCAACGUACUCCUGAUGGGCGACCCUGGUGUGGCCAAGAGUCAGCUCCUCAAACACAUUGCGACCGUGAGCCCGCGAGGCAUCUACACAACGGGCAAGGGCAGCAGCGGCGUCGGUCUCACGGCCGCGGUCGUGCGCGACCAGAUCACCAAGGAGAUGACGCUCGAAGGCGGCGCACUCGUGCUGGCCGACAUGGGCAUUUGCUGCAUCGACGAGUUUGACAAGAUGGAAGAGGGCGACCGCACGGCCAUCCACGAGGUCAUGGAGCAGCAGACCGUGAGCAUUGCUAAAGCCGGUAUUACGACGACGCUCAACGCGCGGACGUCGGUGCUCGCGGCGGCCAACCCGAUUUACGGCCGGUACAACAAGAAGCUGACCGCAUCGCAAAACAUCAACCUCCCCAACGCGCUCUUGAGUCGCUUCGAUCUGCUCUUUCUCAUCCUCGACACGGCGCAGUACGACAAGGACGAAGCGCUUGCUCGCCACGUGACUUAUGUUCACCGCUUUUGCAAGAACCCCGAGAUGGCGUUCGACCCUGUCCGCUCGGACGUGCUGCGGUACUUUAUCGCGGUCGCCAAGCAGUAUGUACCAGCGAUCCCUGAAAGCCUCUGCAGCUACAUCGUCGAGGCCUAUGUCACACUGCGCCAGCAGCAAGACUCGGCCAACGACGCGCAGACCGCGAUGACCGCGCGCCAGCUCCUCAGUAUCCUACGCCUCUCGCAGGCGCUCGCCCGCCUUCGCUUCUCGUCCACCGUGGUCACGGCCGACGUGGACGAAGCGAUUCGAUUGGUUUACGUCUCCAAGUCGUCGCUCCAGGAUGAAGAGCAUGGGGCGCAUGGACGUCCCAAGAGCUCGAUGGACGCCAACUCGAAGAUUUACCGCUUGAUCCUCGACUUUGCGCGCGAUCGCGGCGAGAUGAGCGUCAACUACAGCGACAUUGAGCCCAUUGUGAUCCGGAAGGGGUACACGAACGUGCAGCUCAAGGCUUGCAUCGAGCAGUACGAGACGCUCCAGGUCCUCCAGUGGAGUGAGAACAAGACGCUGCUACACUUUGUUACCUAG